AGAGAGGCGGGGUAAACUGGAAAAAGGGAGGUGGGGCCGGGGGGGUGUGUGUGUGUGUGUCGGGGUGGGGGGAGUAGCAAUUUACCUUAAUAAAAGAAAAAACUCUGGUCUAGGGCUAGGGUUUACCCAUCCGACGUCGUCUUUCGCAUUCGACGCCUCUAAACGAGCCCUAGAAGAAGGUGGCCGUUUAAACCCAGUAACACAAAGCUCCGGACAUGGCCUCCGAACCUCCCAAGAAGAAACCGAAAAAGGCAAAGCGCGCCAGAGUGGACUCAGAAGAACUCGAACGAAUCGACUCACUCUCAUGGAACCCCUCCCUCCCUCAGAACGACGACCCUUUCUCUCUCUUUGUUGGCUCGGACGAUAACGAAGGAGGUUUUUUAACGCUUGAGGAGAUUGAUGAAGCUGAGUAUGGUUUGGAAAUUCCUAAACCUGAGAGAACAAACAAGAAGGAAAGACCAAGCAAAACUGCAGAGUCACGAAAAAGGAAGAGAGCAAAAAAGAAGGAAAUACGAAGCGAAACUACGAAGUCACAAGAAAGGAAGCAAAAAGAAGGUGUUGAAGGGUCCAGCGGCGGGGCUAAAGCUGGGAGCGAGGAAAAGGUUGAUGAAGAGACUAAGAAAGAGAAGAAGCCGAAGAAAAGGAAGAAGAAGAAGCAGAAGACUAAGAAAAAGGAGGAGAAGCAAUCCGAGGGAAGUGAGAAGCCUGCUACUGCUGCUGCUGCUGGCACCAGUGACUUCAAAAAAGAUAUCAUAGGAGAUUCAGUUGAUGAAGCUGACUAUUAUGCAUGGAAUGAACUGAGGCUCCAUCCCCUACUUAUGGAAUCAAUAUUCAGGCUUAGGUUCAAAACACCAACACCAAUACAAAAAGCUUGCAUUCCUCCUGCUGCUCAUCAAGGGAAGGAUGUCAUCGGUGCUGCUGAGACAGGAUCUGGGAAAACUCUUGCUUUUGGUUUGCCCAUUUUGCAACGUCUCCUUGAAGAACAAGAAAAAGCUAAUAAUCUGGUGGCAGAGAAGGGAGAAGCAGUUGAAAAAAUUGCUCCAAGAAGUUUCCUAAGGGCUCUCAUCAUAACUCCCACGAGAGAGCUUGCACUUCAGGUUACUAAUCAUCUUAAGGAGGUUGCAAAAGGUACCAAUACUAGGGUGGUCCCAAUUGUUGGCGGGAUGUCAACAGAAAAGCAGGAAAGGCUUCUGCAAGAAAGACCUGAGAUUGUUGUUGGGACUCCAGGGAGGCUAUGGGAACUUAUGUCAGGUGGAGAAAUUCACCUUAUUGAGUUACAUUCACUGUCUUUCUUUGUGCUGGAUGAGGCUGAUCGAAUGAUAGAGAAUGGUCAUUUUCGGGAGUUGCAGUCCAUAAUUGACAUACUUCCAAUGAUCAGUGCCUCAGACGAAGGGCAUCCUCAGAAUACACAGAACUGUACAACAGUCACAAGCUUCCAGAGAAAGAAAAGACAAACCUUUGUGUUUUCUGCAACUCUAGCCCUAUCGGCUGAUUUCCGUCAAAAGCUCAAGCGAGGAUCACUCAAAUCAAAGCAAUCAAUGAAUGAUGAAUUAAAUUCUAUAGAAACUCUUUCUGAACGAGCUGGAAUGAAAGCCAAUGCUGCUAUUGUCGAUCUGACAAAUGAAACAGUUGUCGCAGAUAAGCUUGAGGAGACAUUUAUUGAAUGCAGGGAAGAAGACAAAGAUGCCUAUCUAUACUACAUAUUAACUGUGCAUGGACACGGCCGCACAAUGGUGUUCUGUACAUCAAUCGCAGCUUUACGCCAUACUUCUUCCCUUUUGCGCAUUCUUGGAAUUAAUGUUUGGACACUUCAUGCUCAGAUGCAGCAGCGAGCUCGCUUGAAGGCAAUGGACCGUUUCCGCGGAAGUGAGCAUGGUAUACUUGUUGCUACUGAUGUUGCAGCAAGAGGGCUUGAUAUUCCGGGUGUUCGAACUGUUGUCCAUUACCAACUUCCACAUUCAGCAGAAGUUUAUGUUCACAGAAGUGGAAGAACUGCUAGAGCCUCCUCUGAUGGGUGUAGCAUUACACUAAUCUCACCCAAUGAUACAUCUAAAUUUGCUGCUUUGUGCAAAUCAUUUUCAAAGGAAACUUUCCGGAGGUUUCCCAUAGAGCUCUCAUAUAUGCCUGAGAUUGCUAAACGAUUAUCUCUUGCACGUCAAUUAGACAAGAGUUUGCGGAGGGACUCCCAGGAGAAGGCAAAUAAAAGUUGGGUCAAACAAAAUGCUGAAUCAAUUGAAUUAGAUAUGGAAGACAAUGAGAGUGAGGAGGAACAAGUGAUCAAUCAUAAGCAAAAGAAAGCCAAUUCCUAUCAUCUGAAGAGGCUGCGAAAGGAGCUAAAUAUGCUGCUUUCACGGCCGUUGCAACCAAAAGCAUUUUCACAACGCUUUUUAGCGGGGGCUGGCGUUUCACCUCUUCUCCAACACCAGUUUGAAGAAUUAGCUUCGCAGAAGCUUGGUGAUUUCACGAAAGUGGGGAAUGGAGAAAGAGGAAAAUUAUUGGUUAUAGGUCAGGAUUUCGUGGAACCACUUCAGGCGCUUAGGAAUGCCAGUCACGAGGUCAUGGAUCUCAAAGAGUCUGCUGGAAAACGAAGGAAUGUGGAAAAUUUGAAGAGAAAGAGGAAAGAGGAGAAAAAACGUUUGCACGACCAACGGAGGAAGCAGAAGAAAAGACAAAAAGCCGGAACUGAGUAGGAUCGAUGAUUCGACGGAGGUAAACCCAAAAGUCACGAGGAAAAUGUGAAAGCUUAUUAGUAUCAUGAAAGUAUAUUAUUGCAGACAAGUCAUAACCUUAAAAGUCCAAUUUUGAAAAUAAUUAGCCUGGCUAUAGUUGUAAAAUUCAAGUUAUAUGUCUGCACCGAUGGGUGUUGUAAGUAUCAAAUUUUGACAUUCAUUGGGCAUUUCACUUUGGGAUUGUCAACUGGGUACGGCUUUGCCAUCUGUUCAAUAAAAUGUGUGAACGGCUUUGCCAUCUAUUUAA